GAAGUAACAAACAGAGGGUAUAAAUUCUUUAGCUUGUGUGAGGUUUCGCCAUGAGGACGGUAGAAACUGAAAAAGUUGUGUUUUCUGCUAGCUUUUCUUUGUUUCUAAGGCUGUUGCUUUUGCCCUGUCCGAGCUAGCAUCAGCUAACACUCAGGUUUUCAAACUCCAACUGCUGAGGACACUUUUCCGAAAAAAGAGAGGCGCUGAGCAAUGAGCGCACCCUGACCUGCCUUUUCCCCUUUCUCUUUUUCUUUCCUCUGGCAUUUUUUUAGAGAAACUUUCAGCACCAAAGGAGUCUGAAUCACUUUUUGAAGGUUUUUAUACUUAGUAAAACUUGUUUUUGCUUUCUCGCCAUGGAGAGCCAGAGCAGCAGGGACAGCAGCAGCAGGGCUGCUACACAGGAGUACCCGAACCCCUUCAUUCAUGAGCUGAAGCUCACCAAGGCGCAGUGGAUCAAGGGCAUCAUCCUGGGCUGCACCCUGCUCCCCAUACGGGUCUUCCUGGCGUGGAUCUUGUUAAUCGCCGCUUGGAUCGUCGCUGUGCUGCGAUUGGCCGGCCUGUCUCAGGAGGAACGCUCCAAACCCUUAUCAGGCUGGCGGCGCUGGUUGUUCCACCCGAUCCUGUGGCUGCUGGGCCGUGCCGUGUUCUUCUGCGUGGGCUUCCACUGGGUUAAGGUGAAAGGUCGUAAGGUGGAUGUGAAGGAGGCGCCGAUCCUGGUAGUGGCGCCCCACAGCAGCUUCUUGGACAUGGUGAUCAUGUUUCCAGCCGGGGUGCCGGCAGUUGUGUCGCGGUCGGAGAACAUAAACCUGCCGGUCAUAGGAGCUCUGCUGGAGUGCAAUCAGUCUGUUCUUGUGAGCAGGAGGGAUCCUGAGUCCAGGAAAGAAGCCGUCUCAGAGCUAAACAAGAGGGUCACCUCCAAUGGAUCCUGGCCUCAGAUACUGAUGUUUCCUGAAGGAACCACAACUAAUGGCCGCUGUCUGCUCAGAUUCAAGACUGGUGCUUUCGUUCCCGGCGUCCCCGUCCAGCCCGUCGUGUUGCAUUACCCCAACGAGCUGGAUACUAUUCGCUGGACAUACAAAGGAAGCAACUGGUUUCAGGUGCUGUUUCACACGCUUUCACAGCCGUACACCAACAUCACUAUUGAGUUCCUGCCUGUUUACACUCCGUCCGAGGAGGAGAAGAACAACUCUAGACUGUUUGCAGGCAACGUUCAGAAAGUCAUGGCGAGCGCUCUGGGAGUCCCUGCCUCAGACUACGUGAUGGCUGGCCGGAUUCCAGUCAGUAAACUGAAAGACCUCUCUGUCCCGCUUGAGUCUCCUGGCAAAGAAGCGAUGACACUUCUGUACAGAAAAGGUCUGGGCCCACGUGAUGUAGAAGCAGCGUUGGACAGGAUGAUUGACAGGUGUCGCUCAGGAAACGGGGGCACAAAGGUCAACGCAGAGGAGCUCGCCUCCAUCCUCGGGCUUAACAAAAAGACAGCCGUCCACAUCUGCAGCCUGUACUCUAGGGAUGACACGGUGGACCUCAGACACAUCUACUUCAAUAUGGCAGCCCUUAUCGGACAUGUGGACGAGAUCUCUCUGCUUCACUAUGCUUUCGCUGCGUUCGACAGAGAGGGCAGAGGCAGUCUGACUAAAGAGGAGCUGACGGAGCUCAUGGGAGCGCUGCUGGGUGUUCCUCAGCAGAGCACCGAGGAGCUCUACGACACUGCCACCAAGGACCAGGAGCAGCUCACUGAAGAGAGCUUGCUGCUCGUGUUGACAACCCACCCGAUCUAUCAGAAAGUGACGAAGGAGAUCCUGCAGCCCGAGAGACCGCCAUCCGCCAACGGGACGUCUGUGAACAACAACAGAAGCCUCCUGAACGGCUCCGUUAACGAGGACAAGAAGUCCAAAUGAUGAUCUCCUCUCUGUCCUGGCUGGCAGAGAGGGGAGACAUGAGGGCUUCGAUAUUCACAAUGGACUCCACCUGGCACAAAGAGCAAAGGCAACAGUUUGAACAACAAAACAUCAUAAAAAGGGCUAAUACUCAGGAAGUGCUGUGAGCAAAAUGUGCUGCAAGUAUAGUUACAAAGCUUUCUUUAUGAGUGAAACAUGUUUUUAUUAAACAUGUGAACAUAAUGCAACACAAACUCUUGUAGAGGUUACAAAGUCAGGGAAAUAUUUUUUUAAAUUACGAGGAUCAUGCACAUCUAGUACAAGCAGAGGGUAACGGUCAGCGGGACACAGAUUUUGUGUCCUUUGCUCUAGCAGCGCAUGCUGCAUCCAAUGUGAAAGGGCCUUCAGGGUCAUCCAGGCAACAACUAGACUCUAGGUAAAAAUCUGUAUUCACCAACUAGUUGGCAAGUGGUUGCUAACCAGUUUUUCAUGGAAGACGCCAACUUGCCUGCAAACACUCGUAAGCUGCACUUUUACAAGCUUCACUAUGACUCGGCAGUUAGUCAACAAGUAUUUGCAGACAAGUCAGACCCUCUUUAGGACCACAUUCUCCUAGAUACACCCAGCUACCUCCAGCAACCACUGACCGACCACAGGAAGGUUGCACAUUUUCCUGAGCAGCUGGAGGAUGGUGGACAAUCUGAGGGAAACUGUCCACUCACACUAAAGCCUCACCUGCUUAAUCAUUCUUUUUCUCUGCAAUGGGACCCAAAACAUACAAAACAUAGCUUCGUGUUUUAUUCAGUAAAUCCUCAAAUUAUUGACUGACCCAUGAA